AUGGGUGAUAGAUCCAGAAGUCGGUCCCCGAACCGGCGGGAUGGUGAUCGAUCCCGUCCCAAGAAAUCCGGGGGCUUUCGAUGGAAGGAGAAGCGUCGCGACGACGAUACCCGCGGAGAAGAGCGCAGGUUAGACCGCGGAUACCGAGACCGAGACGAACGACCAAGAUCCCCACGCCGAGACCGUGAUAAUGACCGCUACAGAGACCGCAAUCAAGACCAAGACCGUGACCGACGACGGGACGAUCGUGAUGCACCGCGGGAGGAUCGUAAUACACCACGAGAAGAUCAAGAUCGCGUGGAGAAGAAAGAUAAGGAUAAGAAGGAGAAAAAGAAGAAGAAGCCAGUUCUGCCACAGUCAUCAGAGCCAAUGAUCAUUGUCUAUGUCAAUGAUCGCUUGGGUACCAAAGCUGAGAUUCCCUGCCUGGCCUCUGAUCCGAUCAAGCUCUUCAAAGCCCAGGUCGCUGCUCGUAUCGGUCGAGAACCACAUGAAAUUCUAUUGAAACGUCAAGGCGAACGUCCUUUCAAGGACCAACUGACGCUGGAGGACUAUGGAGUGAGCAAUGGGGUACAACUUGACUUGGAGGUUGGAACAGGAGACUAG